CCCGCACACAAAUUUUUCAGCUACACGGGAUAUUUUUUUUAACGCUACUCAUUGGAAUGAGUUCAUUACAUUCCUGUUUAACACCCAUAUGAGCGAACCACAAGAAACAAAGGCGGUGCCAAAGACGGUGCCAAAGACUGGGCCAAAGAGUGAAGCUACAGCACCAGAGGCUCCGGUUGGGGAGCUCACCGGGAAGCAGUUGAAGGACCUCAAGAAGCAGGAGAAGGCGGCAAAGAGAGCUGCCACAAAGGAGUCCAUCGGGAUCGCACCGAUUAACCCGGCUGCUGCUGCCUCUAAGGAGAAGCAACAAGCCAAGACCCAAACUGCCGUCAAGAAACAAAUCACGCAGGCACAGAUCAAGCCCGCGGGUUCUACGAAAAAGAUUCCGCCGUUGUUCAGUCACUUGGACCGCAAGGAAUCCAAAGCCUUGAAGUUCAACCCGGAAAUUGCCAAUAUCGUGCACCCAGAGAUCUUGUCUCUCUUCUUGAAGUUUCAGAACUACAGAGUAGUGGGCUCGACCGCGCGCGUGCUCGCGAUGUUGGACGCGUUCAAGGUGUUGAUCCACGACUAUACGACGCCAGAGAACACCACGUUGCAGCGCCACUUGACGUCGUAUCUCUCGCACCAGAUCGACUACCUUAAGAACUCCAGACCGUUGUCGGUGACGAUGGGGAACGCGAUCCGAUGGUUGAAACAGCAGAUCUCGGUGAUCUCCAUCAGCAUGAGCGACGUAGAUGCCAAGAAGUUGAUCUGUGAGCAGAUCGACGAGUUCAUCAACGAGAAGAUUGUGAUCACGCAGCAAGUAAUCAUCGAUAAUGCCUCAUUACACAUCUCUAACGAGUCUGUGGUUUUGACUUACGGCUUCUCGGAUGUGUUGUGCAAGUUGUUUGAGCACUGCGCUAACGUGGAGGGCAAGAAGUUCACGCUUAUUGUGGUGGACUCUAGGCCGUUGUUUGAGGGGAAGAAGUUGGUCCGCGAGUUGAUUGCUAGUAACACGACGGCUAAUAUCAAUGUGCACUACGUGUUGAUCAACGCCAUAUCCACCAUCAUGGACAAGGUGCACACCGUCUUCUUGGGCGCGCACGCCAUGUUGUCCAACGGGCGCUUAUACUCGCGCGUGGGGACCGCGCUUAUCGCUAUGUGUGCGAACAAGCGCAAUGUGCCGGUGUUGGUGUGUGCCGAGUCGUUAAAGUUCUCGGAGAAGAUCCAGUUGGAUUCCGUCACCAACAAUGAGUCCGCUGACUGGAAGGACUUGGUAAAGAUUAGCAAGAAUGCUCCUGUCAAGACCGGCUUCGCGUUGGAGCAGUUCCUCCAGCAGAAGAAGGCGGUGGCCCAGACUCCAGCCCCGGUCUCUAAGAAACAGCAACAGAAGACUCCGAUUCCCGAAGCCAGCGAGGACGUCGAGUCCUUGUCCGCAUACGAGAAGCGCGAUAACUUAUAUCUCUUGAAUGUCUUGUACGACUUGACCCCACCGGAGUACAUCAAGAAGGUGAUCACCGAGAUGGGGUCCUUGCCGCCGUCCUCCGUGCCGGUCAUUUUAAGAGAAUAUAAGGCCGGGAGUGUUUAGUGUACAAUAAUGGUUAUGGAAUGCAUGCAAGUGAUAAACAUUAGAAAACUCUGGGACAGCUCGGAGGGUCCUCAAUAUCUAGACACCUGUGUGCACUAAAGGGGUAGCUUGAUAAUGCCAUGGCUACACGCUACUUGAAUAGACGAACGAAAGUUGUAUGUGGAGACAAUGUCGUACAGGUUAGUCCCUCAGUAAUAGCACCGAUGUGGUUAUGUGCUGUGGAUUCCCCCAAAUAAACCUCUUACACGCGACAGUAGUUCAUCGACAAUUCAGUCUACUCUGUUCCUUACAAGCCCACACUCAUCUUCUAGAAUAAACCUGCGCUCCUGGGUACUCGGGGUGUAUCGUUCGAAGCUCUUUAAAGCCCCGAUGCGCCAACCUGGACAGCUCGUGCGCUAGCUAUAUAUAUUGCGGCUACACUGUUUCUUAAUGCACACGCCACCAUCAGUCUCUUUUGAACCGAUUAA